AUGCAUUUCAUGGCAGGCCCUGCAGAGAACCGGCAUCUGGAGACCUUGGGCCUCCGCAGAACUCUCCAAGCCCUGUGCAUGGUCCUCUUAACAGUGCUGGUCAUGAUGAGCAUGGUGUUUGGUAAGAUUGUUCCUGUCAAUCAGAAACCAUCUCAGUUCCCCAAAUACCUGCGCUGCUAUCGAUGCCUCUUAGAGACCAAGGAGUUGGGGUGCCUUCUGGGAUCUGACAUCUGCCUCACACCAGCUGGCAGCAGUUGCAUCACUCUCCACAUAAAGAACAGCAGUGGAUCCGAUGUCAUGGUGAGUGACUGCCGCAGCAAGGAACAGAUGAGUGAUUGUUCAUAUACCCGCGCUUCUCCAGUGUUUGGCUUCUGGAUAUUCUCCCAGUGCUGCUUCCUGGAUUUCUGCAAUGACCCUCAAAACAGAGCACUCCAUACUCCUUAG